AUGCGUUUCUCCUUUGCAUCCCUCCUCUUCCUUGGAGCGACAUUGGUCGCUGCUGGCUCUGGCCCGGACGAUUCCUCUGCCUCUUCCAGGAGCGCUCACUCUCUCAGCCGAACUGGUAACAACUUGAAGGCCCGUAGCAACAUCUUUGCUCGCGCUGGCGGCGACGAACACUGCUCUGGUAAGGGUGUUACCUGCCAGAGCUGCUUCGGUAGCGGCUUCAGGGAAUGCCCUGAUGACUCGACCAAGUGCUACAACCCAAACGACCCAAACUACUCUAGCUGCAGCGGAAGCUCUGGUGGUUCCUCCGGUGGAAGCUCUGGCGGAAGCGCAGGUGGCUCUGACUCGUGCUCCGGCAAAAGUGUUACCUGCCAGAGCUGCUUCGGUAGCGGUUACAGAGAAUGCCCUGGUGAUUCUACCAAGUGCUACAACCCAGACGACCCAAAGUACUCUAGCUGCAACCCCUCCGGUGGAUCUGGCGGUUCCUCUGGCGGCUCUGGUGGCUCCGGUGGCUCUGGUAGCAGCGGUGCUACCGAUGAAAGCUGCGCUCGCACCUAUGGACCCGGUAACAAAGUGUGCGGUACUGACAGCUGCUACAAUCCUACCGCGGGAGAAACCUGCUGUGCCAACACUGGCAGAAGUGCUCUAAGUCUGGAACUCUUUGCUGUGCUCCUAGGUAUUAGCUCCGAUGAUAGCACCACUACUUCUUCCUCCAGCUCUUCAACCGCUACAUCUUCCUCUAGAAGUUCUUUCCCAACAUCCACUGACCGCACUGGAUCCUCUCCAUCGUCUUCACCAGAUACUCCUCAGAACAACGGUGCUAGCUCCCUCGCUGCCAAUGUCCUUCCCAUCCUUGCUGGUGGCCUGGGCAUGAUCGCUGCCCUCUAA